AUGAUCGUAUUUGGUCUUUACUUUAUCAUUACAAUACAUCUUGCUUAUAGUCAAGAUAUUUGUAAUACAAUUAAUUGUGGUACGGGUGUUUGUAUAUUAACACUAAAUCCUUCAUUACCUUAUUAUUGUCGAUGUCCUAAUGGUAAAAAUACAAUAUUACCAUGUCCAUCUGAAAAUCCAUGUUUAAGAAAUCCUUGUGGAUUAGGUUUAUGUGAAAUAGUACCAAGUUUAGCUCAUGGAUAUAUUUGUCGAUGUCCUGGUGAUAUUAUUUCAUUAACACAUUGCAAUGUUACACGUACUGGUUGUUAUUCAAAUCCUUGUGUAAAUGGUUUAUGUAUUGAAGGUUUAGCAAGUUAUUAUUGUAAUUGUUUACCGACAUGGACUGGAAAAUUAUGCAAUGAAAAAAUCAUUUCACCUUGUUCAAAAAGUCCAUGUAAUCCGGGCAAAUGUUUUCAACUUGAUGAUCGAAAUUUACCAUUUGUUUGUUUAUGUCCAAAUGGACAAUUUGGUUUAUCUUGUCAUACUUUUGCAUAUCCAUCUUCGACUGCUCGAAUGUUGACGACUAUUACAAGUACAACUACACGUUCACCUUAUACAUGCAAUCCAUCGGAUCCUCAGGCUUGCAUGAAUGGCGGAAAAUGUUUACAAAUAACACUUAGUCAUCGGUGUUUUUGUACUCCAGGUUUUACUGGUACUUUUUGUGAAACGAAUAUUAAUGAAUGUGAAUCAAAUCCAUGUCAACAUGGUGGAGUUUGUUAUGAUCUUGAUGCAUCGUAUAUUUGCUAUUGUCCAGAUGGAUUGUUUCAUCCACAAUGUUUACCUAGAUCAAUUAUAACGAGUACUGCUCGUUCAUUGAUGUGUCCCUGUCAAAAUGGAGGUACAUGUGCAAUGCUCGGUUCCGAAAUAUGUGUAUGUCCUAAUGGUUUUACUGGUCGUUUUUGUGAACAUUUAUUACCAACUAGUAGUUGUAGUGGAAUCAAAUGUUCAAAUGGUGGUACAUGCCAUGAGAAUGCAUCAGAAUUAUCUGUCUUAGCUUAUUGUGUAUGUAAAAGUGGAUAUACAGGAAAAUUUUGUGAAACUGAAUAUUUUCGAUGUCGAUCAAAUGGUCGUUUUGCUGAUUUAUAUAAUUGUAUAGAAGGAAAAUAUUUUGAAUGUAUUCAUUAUCAACAAGGUAUUAGUUCAAAUCCAUAUGGAAUGUUAUUAAGUCGAAAUUGUCCAUCAACACUUCGAUUUAAUACACAAGUUGAUCGAUGUGAUUAUCCGCAUAAUGUUCAAUGUCUUUAUCCUCAAAAAUAA